UGACGCCGAAUCCGUCUUUGACAGCCUACUGUAAGGGCGCAGAAAAGCGAAACCUCAAAACAUGUCGGUCUUCUCGUGACUAUACGUUGUAUUUUCCAUAUUUGCAGCUUGACAGUGAGCGUUAUAACGCUCUGAUCGUGUAAUCUUGCAGAAGGCUCGACACAUCGCAUUACGGCGAGAUGGAAACUCUGAUUCCCAUCAUUAACAGACUGCAGGAGGUUUUCCUCACAGUUGGAGCCGAGAUCAUCCAGCUUCCUCAGAUCGUAGUCGUGGGGUCACAGAGCAGUGGAAAGAGUUCAGUAUUGGAGAGUUUGGUUGGAAGAGAUUUUCUGCCCCGAGGUUCAGGAAUAGUGACUCGGCGCCCUCUAGUGUUACAGCUGGUGAACGUGCCCCCGCUGGAGGAGAGGCGGAAACAAGACAAUGGGAAUGGAGCUAAACACAACAGCCAAAACAAUUAUCCAGGUAUCAAAGCAGAGGAAUGGGGCACCUUCCUUCACUGCAAAAACCAGAUUUUCACAGAUUUCAGUGAAAUCCAGAAGGAGAUCGAGGAGGAAACCGAUCGCAGUACCAAUCAUAAGGGCAUCAGUUCAGAGCCCAUUUACCUGAAGAUAUAUUCCCCUAACGUAGUCAGUCUGACGUUAGUUGACUUACCUGGCAUCACUAAGGUCCCUGUUGGUGACCAGCCUGAAGAUAUCGAGACUCAAGUCCAAGAUAUGAUUUUGUCCUACAUCUCCAACCCCAACUCCCUCAUCCUGUGUGUCUCUCCUGCAAACUCUGACCUCGCCACAUCGGAUGCCCUAAAACUGGCACGAGAGGUGGACCCAGAUGGUCGCAGGACGCUGCUGGUGGUGAGUAAGCUGGAUUUGAUGGACGCGGGGACGGAUGCUCUGGAGGUGCUGCUGGGCCGGAUCAUACCCGUCAGACUGGGCAUUAUCGGUGUGGUUAACAGGAGCCAACAUGACUUGAACACCCAAAAGAGUCUCGCCGACUCCUGCAAAGACGAGCAGGUGUUCCUGCAGCGAUAUUACCCGUCAUUAGCCUCCCGCUGCGGCUCGCGCUACCUAGCUCGCACCCUGAGCCGACUGCUCAUGCAUCACAUCAGAGACUGUCUCCCGGAGCUCAAGACUCGAGUCACGGUGCUCUCCGCCCAGUACCAGUCCCGACUCAACAGCUACGGCCAGCCUGUAGAAGACCACAGCGCCACCUUGCUGCAGAUCGUCACUAAGUUCGCCUCCGACUACUGCAACACCAUCGAAGGCACUGCCAGACACAUCCAGACCUCUGAAUUGUGUGGAGGAGCUCGUAUCUGUUAUAUAUUCCACGAGACGUUUGGAAGAACCCUGCAGUCUAUUGACCCACUUGGAGGGCUCACUGAGCUAGACAUUCUCACAGCUAUUCGAAACGCUACGGGUCCUCGGCCAGCGCUGUUUGUUCCUGAGGUCAGUUUUGAGCUGCUUGUGAAGAAACAGAUCAAGAGACUGGAGGAGCCCAGCCUGCGCUGUGUGGAGCUCGUACACGAGGAACUUCAGAGAAUCAUCCAGCACUGCUCUGCCUACAGCACACAGGAGCUCUUGCGGUUUCCCAAACUGCAUGACUCUAUUGUGGAGGUGGUUACCAGCUUACUCAGGAAACGCCUGCCCGUCACCAAUGAGAUGGUUCAUCAUCUAGUUGCAAUCGAGUUGGCCUAUAUAAACACCAAACAUCCUGAUUUCACAGACGCUGCCCAAGUGUCUGCAUCUGUCAACAGCCAGCAGGUACUGAAACUCUCACUGUCUCUCCGUAUCUCACUCUCUCUCCAAAUCCAAACAGGAUUAGUUUUUGUUUUAUCGUCUCUUUCACAGGCGGAGGCUGGGGAUGGAGGCAAGCGCUGGAAGAAUGAGAAGAUGCCGUCAGAGGACAAAGGCCCCGUGCCAGGAUUUGGGAGUCCCACUAAAGCCAUCAACCUGCUGGACACGGCCAUGCCAGUAUCCCGCAAGCUGAGCACUCGAGAGCAGAGGGACUGUGAGGUCAUCCAGCGGCUCAUCAAGUGCUACUUCCUGAUCGUGCGCAAGAGCAUCCAGGACAGUGUGCCAAAGACAGUGAUGCACUUCCUGGUGAAUUUCGUGAAGGAGCAUUUGCAGAGUGAGCUGGUCGGUCAGCUCUACAAACAGCCUCUGCUGCAGGAGCUGCUCAUCGAGUCUCAGGAAACUGCUCAGCAGCGCACAGAGGUUGCACAGAUGCUGGAGGCGCUCAAGAAAGCCAGUAACAUUAUCUCAGAGAUCCGGGAGACUCAUCUUUGGUAGCCAAACGUUCUCAUGAACAUUCUGUCCAGGAAAGUGUUUACAUGUUUGUGUCCGUGUGUACGACAUAGGUCAAAUACACAUCAUCUGAAGAAAUUCAAUGCCUCUGCCAGCAUGAACAUUCAACAAAAUGUGUACAGUUUUCCAAAUAACCCUUAUUUCUACUGUAUAUGCACUGAUUCCAUAGCUGUGUGUUUGACAGAGGUCAAAAGUGCGAGUGUGUUUGUACUCAGUAGCUCAGAUAGAUAUAGUGAACAUAUCAAGUCUGUGUCGUUAUCUUCAACAUCAUAAAUGCUUCGUAAUGGUUUUUCGCCAUUAUGAUAAAUACUCUUUCAUUUAACGUUAAAAGAAUUAAGUAAUGUCUCAAAUGCUACAAAGAGCAUCCCAAGAACAAUCGAGCUCUCAUACACUCACAUGAUUGAAAACAGGAAUUACACAACAAUGAACAUCGUUAUUUUUUCAUCAUUUACUCAACAUGUCAUUCCAAACCGUGUGAUAGUCUAGAACACUAGAGAUGAAAAAUGUUCACACUGUUUGUUGUUUUUUCCAUUCAGUGAAAACAUUAAAGGCUUUCAAGCUCUGAAAUGGACUAAAAGCAACAUAAAUGUACCAUAAAUCUUCAUAAAAGUAGUUAAUGCGAGUCAUUCAUUAGUUUUAUGUGAGGAACAGACUGAAAUCUAAAUCAUUAUUCACUGAAUAUAGAUGUGGAAUGACAUGACGAUGAGUAAUUGACAGAUUUGAGUGAAGUAUUCCUUUAAUACGCUGUAAAUAUCAUGUAAUAAAUGUGGUGUCCAGAUUUACAGUAAAUAUAAGAAACUAAAAACCCCCCCUUUAUUAGAUUCGGUCGAAUUUGUCCAUGUUGGCACAGUUGGAUGUUACAUAUAAGCUUAAGUUAUUACAGCCAAUAUGGGCGAAAAACAAAAGCAGUGCUAAUAUAUUUGAUAAUGUGAAUGAGAUAGACAAAUGAAACGCAAAUGUUACAUUUAGAAUAAUUAAUGAUGUAACGCGUGACUGAUGUCUAGACGUGGUGCAAAUAAAAGGUAGUGCAGUGUGAAGAGCCACAGAACAAAGAGCCAUUGUGUUUGGUUGUGCUCUGAAACGCUUCAAACCGUGCUUGGAUGUGCCGGAGACUUGACUGCCAUGUAAUAUUUAUGCUUGUAUGAAUAUUUAUUGUGAGAGUGAGUAUGCCUGUGUUAAAGAAGGUCAAAUGAGGAAGAACAAAGAUAUGAAGACAUUGGCUGUUUCAAGCAUUGAACGCCAAGAAGGAAUAGUGUUUAGUGUCAAAUGCAAACAGUGUAAAAUUAACACCCAGCACAAAUGGGGCCAGUGGGGCUGUAGAGGAUUUGGUAGUUAUUGUAUUGCUUGCUAAAACCAAUGUGUGUGGGUGUUUAUGUUGGGGACAAUGUUGCAUAUUUUUUUAUUUAUUUCUUGUGAUGGGACACAUUAUGCUUCAAACAUUAUGCUUCUCUACCAACCAAUCAAUCAUUAAAAUAGACAUGCCAGGAAGACUGAGACAAAGGGGAUUAAUAAAAUCAACAUAAACGUAUUUAUAUACAUUGUCAAAUAAGUAAUAAGCAUGCAUUUCUUGUUGACCUCAAACUUGAUACUGUUAAAUUGUGUCCUGCCUCAUUUUAUGUUUUUAUAUUUCAGUGGAUAUGUGUGACGCAGUGAGGAUGUACUGUAGUGGUGUUGUAAAUUACAAGAGGUUUGAGCAGUUUACUUAUUAGGCUGCUUGAGUGAAGUAGGAUCCGUAGAAACGCUUCAGAGGUUGAUGGGUUUUAAUGAGCCCCAUUCCAAUCUCAGCACUAAUUACAUGAUGUAUGUUUCCUGAAGCUGAAACCUGCAUUGCAAUCUGAUCCUAAAUAGUAUCUAGCAUUUUUGUGCAUCUCAUGGAUUCACAAAAUAUAACAUAUUCAGGUCAUAUUUCACACUAAAAUGAAAAGAAAAUAGGAAAAUCAUAUUUGCAUCUAGAAAGCCUAUUUCUAAAAACCUUAAGAUUUUGCACUGUGACAAUUUUCUUCACAAUUAAGCACAUAAAUUCCCCAAAUUGCCAUCAUUUUAACUUAAGAAAAAAUCUUAUUCUCAUAAUCAUAAUCAGGGGCACAUUGCUGAAGCCCAGGGGCCUACACUUAAAUAAAAUUAUAAUUUUGCAACAGUGAGAACCGCAUUCUAUAGAAUUCUACUGCAAAGCUGUAGCCCAGGGGCCUCUGGUUAUCUUAAGGUGCCCCUGAUCAUAAUACAAGGGGAAAAAAUAUCAUGCUCAUUACUCUAAUGCAGAAAAAAAUCUAAUUCUCAUUAUGAUAAUAUCCGAAAAAAAUAUUCUCAUUACCAUAAUGCAGGAAAUAAUACUACUAACAUUACUAUAAUGCAAGAAAGAAAAUCGCUCUCAUUACUGCAAUACAAAACAAACAAACAAAAAAAACAUUCACAUUAAUGCAAAAAAAAUCUUAUUCUCAUUACCACAAUGCAAAAAAAAAAAAAACACCUUAUUCUCUUUACCAUAACAAAAAAUUCUUACUCUCAUUACCACAAUACCACAAUAAAUAUUCUCAUAACAUAUUCUCAUUACCACAAUGCGAGAAGAAAAUAUGUCAUUCUCAUUACCAUAACAAAAAACGUACUCUCAUUACCGCAAUGCCACAAUUAAAAAAAAAAAAAAAAACAUAUUCACAUUAAUUUACGAAAAAAUUUUAUUACCAUAAUUGCAAGACAAAAAAAACUGAUUUUCAUUACCAUAACAAAAAUUUCUUACUCUCAUAACUGCAAUACAAAAAAAGGAUUCACAUUAAUAUAUUAAGAAAUCUUCUUAUUUCCAUAAUGAAAAGAAAUGACUCUCAUUACCUAAUUUUAAACAUUUUCAUUAUUACAUGAUUGAUAAAUGAAUUGAUAUGAUACAUUUCUAUUACUGUGAUACAGUACAUUUUUGCUACAUUAACAAAAUGCUGUUUUAAUAAAAUUACCAUAAAUUUAAACCACCCUACCUUGAAUUCGUAUCAGUGUUUUAAGAUUAAAAUUCCACAUUGCAGAAAUGGCAGUUUUGGGGAAAAUAUGCUUAAUUGUCAUGAUUUAGUUCAAAAUAGGCUUAAUUUUCUUUAACCAAAAUGUAAUUUCCAGUUUCUUUAUGGAUUUGGUGGUAAAACAUGACCAGGAUAAGUUAUAGAACACUGUCAAUCUCCGUCCAGUCCAAAGUGACGUCUCCACUACCUGUGUGUUUAGCAUUCUUUCAUAGUCUACAAGUGUGCUUAAAGAAAAAAUGUAUUUUAACUAUAUAACUCAUUUAGACUUCCCGUUGAGCAUGUGUCUGCAUUCAUAUGUGUGCGGAAGAGAGUAAUUGUACGUGUGGGAGUUCGCUGUGAAUCAUUUUAAAUAACUUGCCAUUUUUUGACAAAUGCCUUUAAGCGCCUGCCUGCCAUUUUAUUUUUGUGAUACAUGUUGAUGUGCCGUUCACUGUUCAGAACAUCAUUAAAAUUAAAUGAAAAGCU